CUGUGUGUCUUUCUCUAUUGCUCUCUCUCCCUCCCUCUCGUUUGACCUGACAUCAUUUCUCUUCAUCUAAAGGUUUUUUUUUGUCGUUUCAGAUGAAACUGAAGUUUUUUCGAUUGUCAAGAUGUGGCUUCCUCUGUGGUUGCUAUGUGUGUGUGUGUGGUUGCUAAGCAUCACAGAAGUUUGGGCAGCUACUUUCAAGCUGGCUCUGAUUGGUCCAUGGUCAUGUGACCCCAUAUUCUCCCGGGCAAUGCCAACGGCAGCAGCUAACCUGGCGCUGUCACGAUUACGGAGCGACAGUAGCGUGAGCAGAGGGUAUUGGUACGAUGUGAAACUGCUUGAUGAAGACUGCUCCACUUCCAAAGCUCUGACAGAACUUGGAGAGAUGGAGGGUUAUGGUCACGCCUACAUUGGACCAUUUAACCCCGCCCUCUGUCAUGCGGCAUCCUUAUUGGCUCAGCACUGGGAGGUGGGGCUUGCCUCUCCAGGCUGUCUAGAUACUAAUUGGCUGAACCUGCCGCCCAUCACUCCUCCCAGCAGGGUUCUGUUUACCGUGCUCAGGUUCUUCCAAUGGGCACAUGUGGGGAUUAUCUCAGCUCCAUCCAAUCUAUGGGAGAGCACUGGGCAGGAAGUGGCCUCGGCGCUCUGGGCUAUGGGCCUCCCGACUGGCCCAGUGGUUACCAUGGAAACAAGGAACAAAGUUGGCGCUCGGGAGGCACUGAAAGUGAUCAAGGAGGCCGACAAGGUCAAAGUUGUGAUCAUGUGCAUGAGCUCUGUUCUGAUUGGUGGAGAGGAUCAGAGAGAGCUCCUAUUGGCUGCUCUGGACAUGGGGAUGGUUUCUGAUGGAUAUGUGUUUAUACCAUACGACACUCUCCUGUACGCCAUGCCGUACCAGGAAACAGUGUUCCCUCAGCUGACCAACAGCACGCAGCUUCGUCACGCCUACAGCUCCGUUCUGACGGUUACUAUGGCGUCUGACCAGAGUUUCUACGAAGCUUUUCGUCAGGCUCAAAUCAGCCGAGAAAUCCGGUCAGGAGUCGCUGCAACAGAGGUAUCUCCAGUGUUUGGAACUAUCUUCAACAUGGUGUACUUCGUUGCUAAGGCGGUGGAGGAGCGUCGUCAGGCAGGAGGUGGGCACUGGGUGAUGGGUGACCACCUCUUCCAAUCAGAUGGAGGCUUUGAUUUCCAAGGCUUUAAUCAGGUCUUGUACGGCGGUAAAGAGGGGCGUGGCCUGCAGGCCAGGUACGUGGUGUUGGAUAGCGAUGGCGACCGACUUGUGCCGACACAUUCGCUCGCUUCGACACACACAGAUGGGAUGGUAGGAGGUCUGAGACCCCUGAGCCGCUCGUUCAUCUUCCCCGGAGGAAAACCCCCCAAAGCCAGUUUCUGUUGGUUCAGUCCAGAGGAGACGUGCAGCACUGGAAUCGACACAGUUACGAUGAUGUUCAUCUUCCUGUUGCUCUGUGCUCUGAUUGGAGCAUUUUUCUACUGGAUCAGGAUGUACAGGAGAUCAGCCAACGUCACCAAACUGAUCUUGACUCUAGACGACAUCGUCUUCAUUGACACUCAAGUCAGCAGGAAGAAACUGAACGACGAGUCGAUCAUGAGGAGUCUUCUGGAUAUUAAAACUCCAUUCCACUCGAUCGCUCGAAGUUACCUUCUGACGUCACCUGAGUGUUCCAACAUCGGAAUACUUGAGGGCGACUGGGUUUGGAUUAAGAAGAUUCCUGCUGGAAAGACGAUGACAGCUGUCAAUCAAAACACCCAGAGUCUGUUUAACCAUUUACGGGAGAUGAGACAUGAGAACCUGAACUUGUACCUUGGACUCUUUCUGGACUCUGGGAUCUUCGCUCUCAUUGUCGAACAUUGUCCUCGAGGAAGUUUGGCCGAUCUGCUCGCAGACGCCACCAUGAGGCUGGACUGGAUGUUCAAGUCCUCGCUGCUUAUGGACCUCAUCAAGGGUAUGAAGUUUCUUCAUCUUCGAGGUUUGAGUCACGGUCGACUGAAAUCGACAAACUGUUUAGUUGAUGGACGUUUUGUUCUGAAAAUCACUGAUUACGGACUUCCCAUGAUACUUCACUCUCAGAGCCUCAGUCUCUCUGAGGAUCAACAAGAGCUGCUGUGGUCUGCUCCGGAGCUUCUGAGGAAUCCGGUCCGUGGAGGUUCGUUUGCCGGAGAUGUUUUCAGUUUCUCCAUCAUCAUACAGGAAGUGAUCUCACGCACUCUGCCGUACGCCAUGAUGGACAUGCCUGCCCACGAGAUCGUGGAGCGUCUAAAGAUGCCCCCUCCACUCUUCAGACCGAUGGUUUCGGUGGACGAAGCUCCGAGCGAAUGUCUGAGUCUGAUGAACGAAUGUUGGAAUGAAGAUGCGAGUAAGAGACCAAGCUUCGACGACAUUUUCAAACAGUUUCGGGGCAUAAAUCGCGGGAAGCGUGCGAACAUCAUCGACUCCAUGUUGCGGAUGUUGGAGCAGUACAGUUCAAACCUGGAGGAUUUGAUCAGAGAACGAACGGACGAACUGGAAGUCGAGAGGAACAAAACAGAGAAACUGAUCGGACAACUUCUGCCAAAAUCAGUGGCUCAGGCUCUGAAAAAAGGGAAACCAGUUCGGCCUGAACAUUAUUCAGAUUCAACUCUUUACUUCAGUGACAUUGUUGGAUUUACAACCAUCUCAGCUCUCAGUGAGCCAAUUGAGGUGGUUGACCUCCUGAAUGACCUCUACACCAUGUUUGAUGCCAUUAUUGCAAGUCAUGACGUCUACAAGGUGGAAACGAUCGGAGACGCCUACAUGGUGGCGUCAGGUGUCCCAAACAGAAAUGGAAUCCGGCAUGCUGCUGAAGUGGCCAACAUGUCUCUGGACAUCCUGCACUCCAUUGGAGCUUUUAAGAUCAAACACAUGCCUGAGAUCAAAGUGAAGAUACGCAUUGGCCUGCACUCAGGUCCCGUUGUAGCUGGUGUGGUUGGACUCACGAUGCCCAGAUAUUGUCUGUUUGGUGACACAGUGACCACAGCAUCACACAUGGAAGCCACUGGGCUGCCCUACAGGAUCCACAUCAGUCUAGGCACGAUGAAGGUUCUGACCAGCCUCAAACUGGGAUAUCACUUCGACACCAGGAAAGCUAAGGUGAAGGGCUCGGAGGACACCUAUUGGCUAAUUGGUCAAGAUGGUUUCACUAAACCUCUUCCUGUUCCUCCAGACCUGACCGGAGGGGCCAGUAACCAUGGUAUCAGUCUCGAUGAGAUUCCAGUUGAGAGACGUCAAAAAUUUCUGGACCGACAGAAGAUAAAGAAAUAAUUUUCAAACACACGCACACUCUACCUCAAACUUUGUGCUUUACAGACAUUUUCUCAGCCAAUUAAACAUUUUCAGCCAAAUUCAAUAAAACUUGUGGAACCUUAAGAAUUGUAAUGGUUGUGAAAGCAGAAUUGAACAGGGAGGGAAAUAUAAAAAAUAAAAAUAACAUCUGGAAAGUCAUUGUCUUAUGUCACUUCAUUAGGUUUAUAUUGAACCACCAGUCAUUUCUGUGCCUCGUGUGGUUCUGAUACUGGUCAAUACACAAAAUUUUAGACAAGUUCAAACUGUUGCUCGUCCUCACAUCGUAGAUACUCAGUGUCACAGUCUGUGAUAUUUCUCAAACCUUCAACUUAAAUUUAAACAUUUCUCUGAGUCAGCCACAGUUUUCUUCUGAUUGUUGUCGUUCACCAGUCUACAGUUUUUUAUUCUUUGAGUCUUUCGAAAGUUAGGAUGAGUGAUGGAGGAUGCAGUCAUGAUUCAUUUGAAGAUGUGUUGUUUCUUGAUGAGCGGAGUCAAUGAGACACUUCAGUUCAUGAUCAGUUGAGUGAAUGAUACUAAAUUUUAUCACAGGAUCAGCAAACCUGUGAAUUAAUGGUUUAUUUCAUGUCAUGUGAUCACAAAUUAUUAGGAGAUAAAUCAUCAGUAUUUUACUUUUAUAACCAAAGACAAAAACAAAGUGAUAGCAUGAAAUAUAGUUCAUAUGAUGAAACAACCCAAACCCUUUGGCCAAAUGUUUUUUAAAAUUUACAUUAGAAUAAAUGAGACACAGGUUUAGUUCAACAGUCCUGACUGGUCCAAUAAAGUGUAAGUUCAAGGCAUUGCAAAAAGGUGAGA